CUUCUUCCGGCUCUGGCUUCACACGGGUGGGCGGGGCCAGCGCCUUCCCGGGCCGCGAUCUGUGCUGCUCUCGCGAGAGCUCCCUCUUUUCCUGGCCGGCGCGGAGCGAGAGAGGCCAUGUUCAGCUCUAGCGCCAAGAUUGUGAAGCCUAAUGGCGAAAAGCCAGAUGAGUUCGAGUCUGGUAUAUCCCAGGCUCUGCUGGAGUUGGAAAUGAACUCCGACUUAAAGGCUCAGCUGCGGGAGUUGAACAUCACAGCAGCUAAGGAAAUUGAAGUGGGUGGUGGCAGAAAAGCCAUCAUUAUCUUUGUACCAGUUCCUCAGCUGAAGUCCUUCCAGAAGAUUCAGGUGCGGCUAGUUCGGGAGCUGGAGAAGAAAUUUAGUGGAAAACAUGUGGUGUUCAUUGCUCAGAGAAGGAUUCUGCCCAAGCCAACAAGAAAAAGCCGCACAAAAAACAAGCAAAAACGUCCAAGAAGCCGUACACUUACUGCAGUGCACGAUGCCAUUCUUGAGGACCUGGUCUUCCCCAGUGAAAUCGUGGGCAAGAGAAUCCGUGUGAAACUGGACGGCAGCAGGCUUAUAAAAGUCCAUCUGGACAAAGCACAACAGAACAAUGUUGAACACAAGGUGGAAACAUUUUCUGGUGUGUACAAGAAGCUCACAGGCAAAGAUGUGGUGUUUGAAUUUCCAGAAUUCCAGCUGUAAAAUGCAAAAAAUGGCUGAAUAAACAACUAUUCAUAUAACAGAGUAA